GCCCGCGGCCGAGGGCAGCCUGGGUCGCGGCCGCACCCUGUGGCCGCGGACGGCGGACAAAGGGCCAUGCGGGACCGGGAGAUGCGGCGCGGGGCGCUCGGGAACCGGGGGCCGCAGCGGUACCGCUGAGCACGGCCCGAGGCGGGGCGGGGCCGGCCGCGAUGCCGUGGUUCCCGGUGAAGAAGAUCCGCAAACAGAUCAAGCUGCUGCUCUUGCUGGUGCUGCUUACCUGCGCCGCAUGGCUCACGUACGUGCACCUGAGCCUGGUGCGCCAGGGCCGCGCGCUGCGCCAGCGGCUGGGCUACGGGCGAGACGGUGAGAAGCUGAGCGGUGUGACGGAGGGCAGGGGUGUCCGGACUGCACUAUCCACACAGAGGGCGGAGGACUCCAGCGAGAGCCAUGAGGAAGAGCAGGUGCCUGAAGGCCGGGACCCAAACAUGCAGUUUCCUGUGGGGGCUGGAAAGCCACCCCCUCUGAACCUCACUCAUCAGGUGCCCCCAUGGUGGGAAGAGUACAAGGGGCAGGUGAACCUGCACGUGUUUGAGGACUGGUGCGGAGGCGCCGUGGGCCAUCUGAGGAGGAACCUGCACUUCCCACUGUUCCCUCAUACUCGCACCACCGUGAAGAAGUUGGCUGUGUCCCCCAAGUGGAAGAACUAUGGCCUACGGAUUUUCGGCUUCAUCCACCCGGCAAGAGAUGGAGACGUCCAGUUCUCUGUGGCUUCAGAUGACAACUCUGAGUUCUGGCUGAGCCCAAACGAGAGCCCGGCGAGUGCCCAGCUGGUGGCCUUUGUGGGCAAGACUGGCUCAGAGUGGACAGCUCCUGGAGAAUUCACCAAGUUCAGCUCCCAGGUGUCCAAGCCCAAGCGGCUAAUGGCCUCCCGGAGGUACUACUUUGAGCUGCUGCACAAGCAGGACGACCGAGGCUCAGACCACGUGGAAGUGGGUUGGCGAGCCUUCUUGCCGGGCCUGAAGUUUGAGGUCAUAGGCUCUGCUCACAUCUCCCUGUACACAGAUGAGUCAUCCCUGAAGAUGGACCAUGUGGCCCACGUCCCCCAGUCUCCAGCUAGCCAUGUUGGGGGGCACCUGCCGCAGGAGGAGCCCAGAGCUGACAUGCUGCGCCCAGACCCCCGAGACACCUUCUUCCUCACUCCUCGGGUGGAGCCUUCAAGUCUGGAGAAUGUGCUGGAGCCCUGCACCUACGCCCCCACCUAUGUUGUCAAGGACUUUCCCAUUGCGAGAUACCAGGGACUGCAGUUUGUGUACCUGUCCUUCGUCUACCCCAAUGAUCACACGCGCCUUACUCACAUGGAGACGGAAAACAAGUGCUUCUACCGGGAGUCGCCGCUAUACUUGGAAAGGUUUGGGUUCUAUAAGUACAUGAAGAUGGACAGAGAGGAGGGGGAGGAAGAUGAAGAGGAAGAGGUGCAGCGCCGAGCCUUCCUCUUUCUCAACCCGGAUGACUUCCUGGACGAUGAGGACGAGGGGGAGCUGCUAGACAGUCUGGAGCCUACGGAGGCGUCCCCCCUGCAGAGCGGCCGCCGAUUCCCUUCCCCCGUGGCCCCCACCACACCACCGGGAACCAUGCCUACCCCGCCAGCGCCUCCCAGCACCCGGGACCUGCCAACCCCCAGGCGCUCCCGGGCGCUGAGCUGGGCUGCCCGGGCUGCGCGCCCCCUGCCCCUCUUCUUGGGCCGCGCCCUGCGCCCCCGAGCCGCCGCUGAGCAGCCGCCCCCAAAGGUGUAUGUGACACGGGUGCGGCCGGGACUACGGGCACCCCCGCAGGACCUGGCACCUCUCAGCCCACGCGGCCCGCCCUGGCCGCCCUUCCCUGGAGUCUUCCUCCGUCCCAGACCUCUUCCCCGGGUGCAGCUGCGGGCACCCCCACGCCCGCCCCGGUCUCGAGGCCGCAGGACCGGUGGCUCCCUGGCCACAGAGCUGAGGCCCUCUGCCCGGGCGCAAGCCACCCGGGAGAGCCAGGAGGGCCAGCCGCACAUGCUGGGACGCACGGCACCCACCGCGGUCUUGAACUUGUCGUCAGAAGCACAGCCUGUGACCUCCUUCCUGAGCUUGUCCCAGGUGUCCAGGCCACAGCUGCCUGGGCAGGACGAGGUCGAGGAGGAGGAGGAAGCAGAUGAGGAUGGGGCCCAGGGCGAGGAGGACAGCGAGGAGGAGGCGGCGGGGCCCCCCCGUGGCCGCUGGCGCGAGGACGCCAUUGACUGGCAGCGCACGUUCAGUGUGGGCGCAAUGGACUUCGAGCUGUUGCGCUCCGACUGGAACGACCUGCGCUGCAACGUGUCCGGGAACCUGCAGCUGCCUGAGGCUGAGGCGGUGGACGUGGUGGCUCAAUACAUGGAACGGCUCAACGCCCGCCACGCCGGGCGCUACGCGCUUCUGCGCAUCGUGAACGUGGAGAAGCGCCGAGACUCCGCGCGCGGAAGCCGCUUCCUCCUGGAGCUGGAGCUGCAGGAGCGUGGAGGCGGCCGCCUGCGCCUGUCAGAGUACGUCUUCCUGAGACUGCCGGGAGCCCACGCGGGAGAUGGCGACAGGGACGGAGAGAGUCCUGAGCCUGCUCCCGCGGCCUCCACGCGCCCAGACGGCCACCCGGAGCUGUGCAGGCCACUGCGUCUGGCCUGGCGCCAGGAUGUGAUGGUGCACUUCAUCGUGCCAGUGAAGAACCAGGCGCGCUGGGUGGCACAGUUCCUGGCGGACAUGGCCGCGCUGCACACCCGCACAGGGGACUCACACUUCAGCGUCAUCCUGGUGGACUUUGAGAGCGAGGAUAUGGAUGUGGAACGGGCCUUGCGUGCGGCUCGGCUGCCCCGGUACCAGUACCUGAGGCGAACUGGAAACUUUGAGCGCUCCGCGGGCCUGCAAGCUGGAGUGGACGCGGUGGAGGAUGCCAGCAGCAUCGUUUUCCUCUGCGAUCUGCACAUCCAUUUCCCCCCCAACAUCCUGGACGGCAUCCGCAAACACUGUGUGGAGGGCAAGCUGGCCUUUGCGCCUGUGGUCAUGCGCCUGGGCUGCGGGAGCUCGCCAGGGGACCCUCAUGGUUACUGGGAGGUGAAUGGCUUUGGCCUCUUCGGGAUCUACAAGUCAGACUUUGACCGCGUCGGAGGAAUGAAUACUGAGGAGUUCCGUGACCAGUGGGGGGGCGAGGACUGGGAACUCCUGGACAGGGUCCUGCAGGCAGGGCUGGAGGUAGAGCGGCUCCGACUGAGGAAUUUCUACCAUCACUACCACUCCAAGCGGGGGAUGUGGGGCACACGCAGCCGGAAAGCCUCCCGCACAGAGGGGCCCUGAUGACAAGGCAAGCCCUCCCAGCCCCUGGCUACAGUCCUGUGGUGGUAGCUGGAGGCCGGGCCCUGAGCUUUGUCCCUGGGGACCUGGCAGGGCUCCUCCCAGGGGUGCAGCCACCACCUGUGCCUGGCCCCCAGGGGCCACCUCCCCCUUCAUGCCCCUCCCCAGAGAGGCAGCCCCCACAGCUGCUUGGGGCCCGCGCUAAGUCUCCACACUCUGUGCGAUGAUUUCUGUGAAAUUUUGCCGUAGCGAUGACAUUGUUUUCAGGAUUUCCGAGAGUUCUGUCUGUUCCGUUUUUUAUUCAGAA